CCGCCCUCGCCCCCGCCCCCGCCCCUUGACCCAGCCUAGUCCCAACGCCCAGCGCGGCCGCCCCGGGAGCCGCGGGAGCGGCGGCGGCGGCGGGGGGAGGAGGGAGAGGAGGGCCGAGCCGGCGGCCGGGGAGGCCCGGUUUGGAAGCCGCUUCUGUGCCCGAGUUAGGUCUCGCCCAGCCCCAUUUCUUUCUCAGCGUACUUUGUGCGAGUAAGUUUUGGAGCAUCGGUUGACAGCCUAUGGGUGAAAUUUGGCUUUGGUUCACGAACGAGGAAUUAUUCUUGACAGACAUAUUUUAAAAUAGCAAUCUUUACAAUGGCCUCGGCAGUACUUAGUUCUGUUCCCACUACUGCUUCUCGUUUUGCCCUAUUGCAAGUAGAUAGUGGCAGUGGUUCUGAUUCUGAGCCAGGAAAAGGCAAAGGUCGGAAUACUGGAAAGUCUCAAACAAACAAAUCAACUACAAAUGAGAAAAAGAGAGAAAAAAGAAGAAAAAAGAAGGAACAGCAACAGAGUGAAGCAAAUGAGCUCAGGAAUCUUGCUUUUAAGAAAAUUCCCCAGAAAUCCUCCCAUGCCAUUUGUAAUGCUCAACAUGAGCUUUCAUUACCAAACCCAGUGCAGAAGGAUUCACGAGAAGAAAAUUGGCAAGAGUGGAGGCAAAGAGAUGAGCAGCUGACAUCUGAAAUGUUUGAAGCAGAUCUUGAGAAGGCAUUGUUGCUAAGUAAAUUAGAAUAUGAAGAACACAAAACGGAGUAUGAAAAUGCUGAAAAUGCUUCAACUCAGUCAAAAGUUGUGAAUAAAAAAGAUAAAAGGAAGAAUCAUCAGGGAAAAGACAAACCUCUCACAGUAUCACUCAAAGAUUUUCAAUCUGAAGAUCACAUUAGUAAAAAGACUGAGGAAUUGAGUUCUCAGACUUUAUCACAUGAUGGAGGAUUCUUCAAUAGACUGGAAGAUGAUGUUCAUAAAAUUCUUAUUAGAGAAAAAAGAAGAGAACAGCUUACAGAAUAUAAUGGAACAGAUAAUUGCGCAGCUCAUGAACACAACCAGGCAUUAGUUCUGAAAGAUGGAAGAAUUGAAAGACUAAAGUUGGAACUUGAAAGGAAAGAUGCUGAAAUUCAGAAGCUGAAAAAUGUGAUCACUCAGUGGGAGGCAAAGUAUAAAGAAGUAAAGGCAAGAAAUGCACAGUUACUGAAAAUGCUUCAGGAAGGUGAAAUGAAAGAUAAAGCAGAAAUACUUCUGCAAGUUGAUGAAUCACAGAGUAUCAAGAAUGAGCUAACUAUACAGGUGACUUCCCUUCAUGCUGCAUUAGAACAAGAAAGAUCUAAAGUGAAAGUAUUACAAGCAGAACUAGCCAAAUACCAGGGUGGCAGAAAAGGGAAAAGAAACUCUGAAUCCGACCAGUGUAGGUGAUUCCGUUAGCCUAUGAGGUCAACACAAAAAUUAAAACUUUCAGGGUUUUGCAAAAAUGUAUAUAUUUAAUGCUGUGCAACUGCUAAACUAUGCAGUUUUUGUUGGAGAAACUUAAAAUGAUGAGCUCACUAACAGUCUAUAAUUUUAUGUCCUUUUGGCUUAAAGUGGAAAGAAGAAAAAUAGAAUUCCAGCAGAACUCAGUGAUUAUUGUUUACUAUCCAUACUUCUUAUCACUUUAGUUUUUCAUCAGUCAAUAAAAUUAAUUUACUCUUCCA